UGUCAAGGACCUCUCCUUCAAAUUUAUGGCAGCUCACUGUCAAAUAAUUCCCUCCAAAUCACAUACUCUUCUACUGUGUGCUGUAUGUUGCAUUUUCCAAAAUCAUCUUGUUUCUAUCAAUGCCUUUUGAUCUUGUUCAAUUUCAUACUGUAUACGCUUAAUUUUCUGUAAAAGUCGAAGCUAAUUCUAAUACCCCUUCAAUGAAUUCUCAUUACCCAGUUCUCAAUUCCUCCUUCAACCCUUUAAACCCUAACCCUAAUUUCUCAAAUCCCCAAUUCAAUUCAUGCCCACCUCUACCUUCUCCCCCACCACAACCUCAAUCUCAAGCUCAAUCCCUUGUUUCUGAUUUGCCCAAUUCUCUCACUUCCCUCAAAACCCUACUACAAUCAUCAAAUUCUACUCUUCAAUCCCUCUCCUCUCUCAUCCCCUCAUUUGCUCUCUCCUCCAAUUCCCUAAUUCAAUGCCCUUCAAACCCUAAUCACUGGGUUCCCCCAAAUUCCCUAUUUCAGCACUCUCUACAUUGCCCUUCUUCGCUUGAUUUGGGUAUUUUUCUUGAUUCCCUCCAAUACCCUAAAACCCUGAAUUCUGAACAACAUUUGAUUCACCAAAACAAGUUUGUUCAGCCACUUAAUGACCCCACAUCAGACCUCUGCUUAUCCCUUGAUGAUUACGUCGAUUUCGGUUACAAUUUCUUUUACCAGGGUUGUUCUGGUGUUGUUAGUUCAUUAGAUGAUGAUGCCACUAGGAGGAUUUUCACCCUUCCUGGGGUUUUAUCCGUCGAGUGCUCUAAUUUUGCUGGUAUUAGUGACAGGGAGAAUGAUCACUUUUUGGGAAGUAGUAUUAAGGUACUUCCAUCCGAAAUGUGGGUUAUUGGGCGUGAGAUUGAGCAGUGGAGUGAUUUUCCCAAUGAGUACUCAUAUAGUGUUUUUAGGGCAUUCUUGUGUAUGGAUUAUGUAAAGGAAGGUGAAUUGUUGUCGUGGUUGAUUGCGAAUUCACCGCGUUUUGGUGUUGUAAUUGAUGUUGCUAUGAGGGAUCAUAUGUCUGUACUCUUUAGACUUUGCUUAAAUGCAAUUAGGAGAGAGGCUGCACAUUCUUAUGGGGCUUUGAAGAGUGAUGUAGGUGAUAAUGGUAAAAGGUUGGAUGUGAAAUCUUUAAGGUUUAAGUGUCCUGUUACAGUUGAAGUUUUGAGAUGGUUGGCAUCACAGUUAUCCAUCUUGUAUGGUGAAACAAAUGCCAAGUCGUAUGUUAUUGUGAUGCUUCGACAUCUGUUGCUUAAUGCUGCAUCUCAGGCCUCACUGUUUCCUUUAGACAGGAAAAUGGAGCACGGCCCUGCCAUUGAGCAAGAGAAAAAUAUUAUCAUGGGUCAGUCCGCUGGAGAAGUUGGGAAGAAUGAAGGUAAUGACACAACAGAUGAAAGAAUGUUUAGCAGGUCUAUUUUUGUGUACCAAAUAGCAGCUGCUAUAGCUGCAUUGCGUGAAAGGGCACUGCUUGAAGAAAGAAUCAGGGCACUCAGGAAUCCUCUACCCCUUGCUGCUUAUCAACGGGUAGCUGAGCAUCAGUAUAUUACAAAUAAGGCUGAUGAGGAACGCCAAAAACGUCCUGAUUACAGACCACUGCUUGAACAUGAUAGUCUCCCUUUCCAGAGGCAGCAUGAUCAGGACUCUACAAAGACGAAGACUAGAGAGGAGUUAAUGGCUGAAGAGAGGGAUUACAAACGUCGCAGAAUGUCCUAUCGUGGAAAGAAGCUAAAGCGAUCAGCAAAAGAGGUGAUGCGGGAUAUCAUUGAAGAAUACAUGGAAGCUAUUAAGCACACAGGAGGUAUUGGAAGCCUUGACAAGGAAGAUGCAGAAAGAGCAAAAUCAACAUUUAAUAACUUUCCUGCCCAUGAUUCUACAAAUUUUGAGGUGGCUCAUCACUUAACAAAUGAUCAACAGCAUGGAUAUAGGAGAUCACUUAAUGAUAACCAUGAAUCUAGGGACAAAAAACAUAUUGAUGCUUCUCCAAGUAGAAAGGAGCGACAGAAGAAAGACACUUACAAUCACAGACAUCUUGAGGAUGAAGGAACAAAUAGGGAUAGAAGUUCUAGGGACUAUUAUUCCAGAAGUCCAAGUGUUGAUAGAAGAUCCAGCCGAUCGAGAGAGCACAAGAGUCACAGAAGGAACCAAGAUGUUUUAGAAAGAGAUGAUGAUGGACGUUCCAAAAGAAAUUACUCUUUUCAUAAUAUGUCGAGCUUUAAUGAUUUGAAAUCAUCUACAUCAAGCACUUUGAGAAGCUCUUCUGGUAGAAAGGACAAAAGGAAGUUAGAAUCUCCAGAGAGACAUAGAAGGAAAAAAUAUGAGAAUGAUGAAAGGGAUUUAUCAAGAAGGGGUGAAUUCAGUGAUAGAUAUGAUCCUUCUGAAGCUAGUGAUAUUUAUGAUGGUUAGUUCAUUGACAGCCAGUCCAGAAGGCUAGAGUUAUAAUCCAAUCUCUGAUGGCAUUAGGGUUCGAUUGUGAAGUAGAAUUCGUUUUUUAUGAGGACAUUUUGACCCUUGAUGACUGGUUUUUGCAGUGCUCAUGUUGCUUUGCAGGAAGUCAUUCAGGCUUCAGCAGUUUUUUCUUUGUUCGUAUCCUCCUUUGUAUCCUUUAAUAGUUUAUGCUUCUACUUGGUUCUGCUUUUGAAUGCUAUGAUUUAUAUAUGCAUUUGUUUUCUGGUAACCAUUAUCCUUGUCUUUCUAUGUACUUUUUGUAUCAUUUUUUUACUCUUUCCUUGCACUUUGGCAAUAUCUUAUCAUUCAUUGCACUUUGGCAAUAUCUUAUCAUACAUUGCACGUAGACACUUAAAUGUAGUUGCCAAUAUGGUGAAGGUAGAGCAUAAUUUAUUCUGAUGUUGAUUUUACAUAUUAUGACUAAAAAUGUGAUAUUUUGCUUUGCCAAGACUAUUACUCCCAUCAUUCAGCAUAACUUCAUGUUGCUUUUGAACGCAUGGCACCCCCUGCUUGAUAUUGGCCAAAUUGCUUAGUCUUUUUUAAGUAACUGUAAAGUAGUUGCUCAAUAGAAAGCAUGAUAUAUUCUAGGCUUAUUUGUUAGAUAACAAAAUUGUGGUCUAACCACAUUGUUACUAUCUAUGUAGACAGAAUUCCUAAAUAUGGCGACUUUAAAUUUAUCAAUUCUUUUUUGAGAAAAUAUGAACCGUAUUCGGACUUUUGCCCAAUCAUAAUAAUAAUAAUAUGGCUCUUUAGUAGAAAUUUGUCGUGAAAUAAAAAUUUCAUUACAUACCUUUGGAAAUAUUGGACUUUGCCCUAAAUAUUGACUCUGCAACUUGAUUGAUAUUUUUUGUUGUUUGAUAACCACAGUAACUGUUCUUAUUGUUUGACAUACAUCACUUUAGAGUUAUAAUGAACUCAGUUGUAAUUCCAUGCCAAUAAAUAGAAAUCGGCAAGGAAAUUUCUCCUUAUCCUAUGUCAAUUCAGUUGUCAUGUCCUUAAAAAAGUCAACUUUAGGUUGACUUUUGAAUCAUGCAUAAUUUCCUAAUUAUGUUCUUAAUUAAUUUGCAGUUUUCUGUCCAAACACCUCUUGAUUUAAUCAUAAAUGCUAUCAUGUUCUACCUGGAUUUCGUGUCUAUUUGGUAGAUACUGCUCCAUAUAGCAACAGGUUGAUUUUCUGUGUUCUUCACUCCAUCAUUGCAAUUAUUUAUUCAAGUUUGUUACUAGUUUGCGUGGCAAAACCACAAACCUUGGUAGUUGGUACUAUUAAUUAGCUUUUGGGCCUCUAUUUACCAUUAGAAUAAGAGUACUGCCGCUACUGCCAUCACUUGAUGAAGGGUUGAUGAUGACUGUCUGCAUAUAUUGUUGUAUUUAUUAUAUAUAAGCUGAGUUUAUACUUAUCAGUGAAGAUGUUACUCUAAAUGUGAUGUUUUAUUAGGUAUAUAUUGUCAGUAAUGCUUCAUUCUUGGGAAAAAUUGAAGGGUGUUUUUCAAGGAUAACAGCGUAUUUUACUACACAAGCCCCAGCACCAAACCAGGCUGCUCAUAUGCAAGUUGUGUAUCAUGCUAGUGAUAGAUUCAAGGAGUCUCAUUUGUUAGACGAGCAUUUUUGUAACAAAUUGUGGUCAAAUGUUCUCUUCUUUAUAGGAUCAAAUGAAGGUUGUUUCUGACUAUUUUAUUUGAGAAAUUCUGUUUGCCUUUUGUUUUCUGUAGAUCCCAGAUACAAAUGAAGAUGAUAACUGGAGGUUAUUUUGUCGUAGUACUGUCAUAUGAAUAAUGCUGCUGCUCAUUGGAGUGUGAGGAUGAAAAUUUGUAGUGUCAGCUGUGCCACAGGCCCCAAUUUUACGUUGGCGAGGGUGUUCAGCAGCAAUUUUUCUUGUGAACUAUAGAUUUGCAUCUUUAGUCAAGCAAGUUAUUAGAAAUGUAGAUUUGUCAGGCCAAUUGCUGAUGAACUGAGCGAAGUAAUGCAGUGACAAAAGUAGGUUUGAACUUCACAUUUUUUUUUUCUUUAUUGGCUAAAUAUUUUUGGAUUAGUAUUAGAACAUUAACUUGUAGGGAUUAAUAUAUUAAAAGGUGCCGACAAAAUUAAGAUUGUUGUAAGGAGUUAUUAUUCUAAACUCAAUCUUACUAGUUGUGAAAGGUCAUACUUAUUUCUUGUCA